AUGGGCUGUAUAACAGGAAAAUAUUUCAAAAUGUCAGCUAACAUGCCACCUAAGACAAAAGAAGUGGACGAUAAGGGUAAAAUUCGGAUUUUCCAGCUGGCGAUGCUAUCAGCCGUUGUACUUCUGCUGGCAGUGUGUAUCAUCAUUUUAGCAGUGUUUUUGUCACGUGACAAGAUGGAAAUUUGUGAUAAUGGAUAUACCGUACUGCCGAGAGACUUCGAAAAUCCUUCUGUAUUCGAUGGACUAACACCAACAGAAUAUGAAGCAGUGAAAGUGUAUAUGUUCACCAAGACCAAUUUAAGUCUUGUUCCCACAAGCAAAGGAACGCCGCGGAAUGCUUACAUUUUUAUGAUUGACUUACUCUUACCCCCAAAAGACAAAGUCAUUGAACAUCUGGAUCAUGGCAUGAUACAACCUGAGAGAAAAGCGCUUGUAGUUGUGAUUAGAGGAGAUUUAUCUACCGGGGUAGUAGAGGAAUACGAAGUAAGCCCUCUUCGUUGUCCAACAUAUCACAGAAAAGUUAAUCCUCAUCCUAUCCCUUUCAAUUUCAGGCCUAUGGACGAUCCAGAAUACGGGCGUCUUUUUGGAAUUAUCAAAAAAGCCACCGAAACAUUGUAUCCCCUUCUAACAGAAAGCUAUGGGCUAGCCUACCACAACUGCACGCCUGGCGAAAAUUGUAUGCAAUUUUAUGAUGUAGCUCCACGCGGCAUAAAUGAUAACGAAAGAAAUACAUGGUUUUGGGGCUUUAGAGCGGUUGAAGGAUUAUAUCUUCAUCCACUAGGACUUGAAAUCCAAAUCGAUCAUGCGCAUCGAACAUUUUCAGAUUGGAACAUUCUUCAAAUAGUUUACAAUGGUCAAAUGAGAGCAUCUCCUGAACUAUUACUCGAGGAUUAUAAAAAGGGAAAUAUAAAGAAACUGAAAAUACCUACACCUACAUCAGAACAAAAUCUAUAUUCAACGUACAAAAGGCGAGGGAAAAGUGAAAUGAAUGUGCCAUUACAAGGACCAAAGCUAAUAGAACCGGAUGGUCAUAGAUACAAAAUAGAUGGAUUACAUGUUACCUAUAUGCAUUGGGAGUUCAACAUCAACACAAAGGCUUCAACCGGUGUACAAUUAUUUGAUAUUAAAUUCCAGAAAGAACGUAUUGCGUAUGAACUAUCUUUUCAGGAAGCAUGUGUAUUCUACUCAGGGUAUGGACCCGCCCAAGGCAUAACAAACUACUAUGACGUUUCCUGGUUUAUAGGAGCGUAUAUCAAUGAACUGGUUGCCGGAGUAGAUUGUCCGGAUACUGCAACAUUUUUGGAUGUUGAUUUCUUUUUAAAGUCCGAAAACCCUCUCCGAAUAAAAAAAGGAAUUUGCGUAUUUGAAGAACAUGCAGGGGUACCGUUGAGACGACAUUAUGCUUCCGAUUUUCAUGGAAGCUAUUAUUAUUAUGGUGGUUUAGGCGAUUAUCGUUUGGUUGUUAGAUCUAUUGCGAACGUCUGGAACUAUGACUACAUAUUUGAUUACAUAUUUCAUUUGAAUGGAGCCAUAGAAGUACAAGUUUAUUCAACAGGAUAUGUGCAGUCAGCUUUCCCGCUAGACGAUGAAUUACAAUACGGAAGUAAAAUGGCGUCAUUCAUGACGGCCAAUAUUCAUCAGCAUUUAUUUCAUUAUAAAGUAGAUUUAGAUAUAAAUGGUCGUUCAAAUAUGUAUUCUACUCUAGAUAUAUCUACUGAAAAAAUUAAAUCGCCUUGGUAUUCAGAUUUUAAUAAAACACAAUUUAAAUUCGAAUUGAACAAAAAAUCAACCGAAGAAGAAGCAAACUACAAAACAGCAAAUGAAGCAAGGUACGACAUUUUCUAUAACGACCAGGUUGAGAAUGAAUUCAAACACAAAAGAGCCUAUCGAAUACUCAACCAUGGAAAAACCCCGUAUCUGUUAUCGAAAUCGUCAGAAACGAAUGCCGCACGAUGGGCAAAAUUUCCGUUAGCAGUCAGUAAAUAUAAAGAUAAUGAGAUAUCCAGUACAUCUAUCUAUGCAAAUAACGGGCCACGGAAUCCUGUCGUUGAUUUCGAGAAAUUUAUUUCAGAUAACGAAAGUUUAGAAAACAAAGAUCUUGUUGCCUGGGUAACAUUAGGUGUUUUACACAUUCCUCAUACAGAAGAUAUUCCAUCCACAACCACAGCAGGAUCCCAGGUGCGAUUUUUUGUGUUACCGUUUAAUUAUUUUCCGGAGUGUCCAAGUAUGUCGUCUCCAAAUGCAGUUCAUAUUACUCCAAAAGGAGCAAAUGAUAUAAAUCUUAAUACAUUUGGAACAAGUUAUAACUCUAAUUGUAUACAGAAACAGAAUGGGCCAGCUUCAUAUGAUGGCAGAGUUUAUGAUGCUAACUAAAACAGGGUUAGGUAAUCAUUGUGCCUUAGAGAUUGGGAAAUACGGGAAUGUAUGAGGUCUAUUAGGUUUCUUAUUUUUUUUUAUUUUGACAAGUUAUUCCCUCCAUUUGGAUAUCUACCCUUUUUAUACAUGACAGUGUAACAUGCAAGAGAGUUGUCUCAUUGCCAUGGCAA